CACAAACACACUCACAAAUGCACAGGGAUUGCAGCAGCAGCGUGAGAUGGAGAUCUCCGUUGCAUGUAUGAGUGCCUAUUGCCGGUGAGUGCAGGAACGGCAGCGGAUGAGUGUCAGUGAUGCUUGAAUGAGGUGAAAGAGAGAGAGAGGCAGACAGAGAGAGAGAAGGAGGGAGGACAUCAUUGUGGACCUUAUGGGGUUGGAGGCUGUUUUUAUUCUAUCCUGAAUCCUGAGCCGGUGUGCCACAACUAUUCCAGCUGUCACUGCUGACUCUUUGGUCCCCUAUCCUCUCUCUGGACGGAGCUCUCUAUGCCACUACAUGAAUGGAUAUGCACCAGCUCAGUGGGAGAUCUCUGCUUUCUCAUCCUUUGCUCCAUUGAUUUGUUUCUCAAGAAACCAUGGUGAGCAAGGAGAGCAGCAGGGUCAUGCUCUCCAACUCAGAGUCAGAUUCAGAGACAGGCCCGUCACAUAGCUUGGAGGCGCAAUAUGGUCCUGACGGCAAACAGCAGGUGAAGAAGAGGAACAAAGCCUUACAAGUCCGCUUCAAGGACAUCUGUGACGCCCAGAACGAGCAGCGGGCAGGGGGGCGAGGAGCCAGGUCAAUUUCCUGUAAAGUGGCAUACAGGAAGUACAUGGCGAUGCCUGCACGGCGCUCCAUCCCCAAUGUGACUAAGAGCACGGGUGUCCAGACAUCACCAGACCUUACGAAACACUACCAGACUUUCCCCUUCGAGCGAAAGAAAGGACACACUAUCAAACACACGGCCUUGGUGGAGGACUACAAGGGUCAAAACAAUGGAUUUUUGAGUGACUUGAAAGGUCAGGAGGAGGCAGUGAGUUUAGAGGAGUGCUCGUCCUCUCAGGGUGCAGGGAAGCAUGUGCGGCAGACGAAGGCACUGCUUCACCACAGGGACGACAGCAAUGGCACAGAGGAUCUGUUAUCCGGUGCCAACUGUGUAGACGGACAUGCGCGCAUGGACCCCUCUCUCCUCACAAAGGACACAGAGUGCUUUGCAAAUGACCCAACCUCCAGGGGAGAGCCGGAGAACCAGGCAUGUGGCGCAAGGACCAAACACAAAGUAUUAUCCAAAGUGGAUGCGAUGGGUGCCAACCAUUCCGCCAAACGCCAGCUGGCAAACUGCGAGGAACCCUUACAGGACACAAGGUCAAAGGUCACAAGUCCUGUUGCCUGGAACUCCCUGACGCAAGUGGAGAGUCUAGGCCUAGGGAGUCCGUCGGUGCACUACAAACGCAAGAAGUCCAUGCAAACUUAUCGACCACAAUCUCAGACACUGCCCCACCCCCACAGUGGUGGCUGCUCUGUGGCCAAGGUAAAGGCACAUCAGUACCGAUCAGGGACUUUACCAGCCCCAAGGACACCACAGCCGGGCCUGGAGGACCAGGCUUGCCCCCCAGGACGGCAGGGUGCCUGCCAGCAGAUAGUGCCCUUACCUGGGAAUGGUGAUAUUAAAGGAAAGCUCCAGGCCAUGGAAAACCUCAUCAGCUCCAGUCAGGAGACCAUCAAAGUCUUACUGGGGGUCAUCCAAGAGCUGGAGAAGGGCGAGGCUCAGAGAGAAGGGUUCCGACAUUAACGAUGGUCCGCUGGCCUGGAGCCAGCAAAAACAUGUCGGGCAAUUGGAUCUCGUUGGGCCAGUAACUUUUCAGCGCAUUUUCGCAUUCCAGUUCAACAUUUACCUCCUCUGUUGCAGUCUACCAUUGAAAAUCAUUAAAGACUACACACGCAAAAGUUAUGCUGUUUGUUUUUGAGCUAUAUGAUUGCCCAUUCAUUCAAGCACCACCACGAUCCCGCAAGUCACAACUUCUCGAGGGCUCGAGCUGCACUGAGUUGAUGCCUUCACACAGCACACGCAAGCUGUCCAGAGCAAAAAGAAGCACCCAUCAAUCUACUCGAAGAGUAUAUUUAUUUUAGGGAAAGUUAUUUUAAAAAGUAAACCUUCAAUAGUGAACAUACUAGCAAUAUGCUGGCUACUGUUGAUAGUCUGCAAAAAGAAAGAUACCUAGCAUUCGUCUUGGCUAGCCUACUGUAGCCAGGUCGAUAUCUCUUUUGGAACGUUUGUCUUAAAGGGUCAGCGUCCUAUUUUGUGAUUUAAAAGAAAUCUCUAAAUGACAUACACUACUGUACUUUAGAAACAAAAAUGAAUGCAAUUAAUACAAUGCAAUUCUAAAGAAUAGAGUAAUGGGCCCUGCAUGACCCCAAUGCAUUUUAAAACUACACUAUGUCCGAGCCAGUAGAAAUUCUGUUCGGGUCAGUAGAUUUUUUGCCAACUGAGAAAAAAAGUCAACGUUGGACCCUGGUUUUAUAAACUGUAAAGAACAGUUUGUCAAAAAAUUACAAUAAGCCUAGGAUCCUGUAACCAGUCAUAUAUGGAAUUGAUGUAACUGACAUACUCAAGGCGGCACAUACAUUUUGUCUGUGUGGUUCAGUCAUCACUGAGAUUUGAUGUUCUAGGUAGUCCUGCAGCCCUUCAAACUGCUGUGGUCUAACAGUAUGUGUAAGCUAAAUUAAGUUUGUGAAUACAUACAUCAAGGCUAUCUGUGUCAUCUCAUUCCAAUAGCAAGGAAGUAAGUGUUCUCUGAUUGUACUGUAGAUAUCAUUAAGUAUAUUUGCUCAGUUGUACAGAGGUACUAACAAGUGCAUAAAGUUUAUGUGCCAACUCCAAAAGGCCAAACGUCUUCAGCAUUAGACUCAAUGCACAAGGCUGUCUGCUCUGCUCCAUCACUAAAGUCCAGAGUGGCACAAAGCAAAUUGCAUUAAGCCUUCGCCACAGCCACUGAAGAACACAGCACCCCUGAUGUCGCUCCUUGAAGCCUAGUUUAAAAGGACCAAUUAUCAGUGCAUCAUAAAGCACUGGCUUUCAUCUCCUCUGAAGUGUGGGGCUCAUAUGGCCCCUUUAGUAUGUUUCACCACUAUUAUUACAGCCCGCUAGUCACCACAAGGCCCCAGCAUCUCAGCUCCCUCCCCACCUUCUCUCUCCCUGCCAAGCCACUCUAAAGCUGUCUGUCUUCAAAGUGAUGGUCCCAGAUUCCUGGUGGAACAGAACAGUGUCUGAAAGCCCGUCAUAUUCUCACCGGGAUAAAGGCAUUACAGUAUGUGGGUGGAUUUCUCAGGUGAAAGCUCUGCUUUUAGAGCACACAGUGAUGUGGAAGUCAGCGCUAUAGGGACGGUGAGGAUAUCUUAUUUGCACGAUGAGGACAAGCAAAUAACACCGGAGUGAGCCUGUGCCAGCAAACAGUGGCAGAGCUUAGAGAUGACUUAUAGUGUCAGAGCUUAGAGAAUUACUUUCCGACACAAUGUCCGCACAUAAAGUCAUCUGGCCUAACACAACCUUGGUACAUUGCUAGAUUAACUGAAAAUACAGUUCAGUAAAUACAAUUGUAGUUUAGAUGGUGUGUUACAGUAGACAAGGUCGUGCUAGAAAUGUGAUGACCUUGAUUAUGAUGGUACCACUCAAUAUCUCAACAAAAACAUCCCUUCUGUUUGUGUGACUCGAAGAGUUAUUGUUUACUCAGGCCCUCAACUCCACAUUCAAGAGCAACCACCUCUAAGGUGACAUGGGCAGAUGAACUUGGUGACCUUGCAUUCCCAUCAGCAAUUUCGAUCCAUCCAAGACAGAUAAGGUCAUCCUUUUGACAUGGUGAGCAGCAGAGUCCAACCCCUCUAGUUCUCAUCCAUCAUCCCCCAGUGACAAUAAGGAAUUACAUGUCCUAGUGGACCCGGAUGCCCCUUCUGCUUUCCAGUUGACCACUCCCUACCAGUGGAGGCUGGUGGGA